CCCCGCUUGCUCAUUUUUGUAUUCCAUUCAAUUAUUCCGGUGGUUUAAUUAGUUUACUAUAUUUUGAACUACUAUUAUAUUAUAAAUAUUCACAUAAUAUACAAUUGGUGAAAUCAUUCAUUGCAUUCUAUUCAAAAUAAUUGAAAAUAAGGGUUUGGAAAGUACUGAAUAGAGUCCCACACAUUUUGAAAUGUUUAAAAAGUUUGACGACAAGGAGAACGUGUCUGGGGUGCAGCAGCUCAAGUCUUCCGUACAGAAAGGAAUCCGAAACAAAGUGGUCGAGUUGUACCCAGAAGUUGAACCCUACAUUGAUCAGAUUUUGCCGAAAAAGGAAAAUUUUCGAAUCGUCAAAUGUCACGACCACAUUGAAGUCUUGGUUCCUUCGUCUGGAGAACCCCUAUUUUUUAAACAGAGAGAAGGAUGCUGGUUCCCCACUUUGCGACUUUUGCACAAAUACCCCUCCAUGUUGGCCCAGGAGCAAGUAGACAAGGGGGCUAUUAAAUUUGUCCUGAGUGGGGCCAAUAUUAUGUGUCCAGGACUCACAUCCCCGGGUGCAAGAAUGUCAGAUGUACCCAAGAACACGAUAGUUGCGGUCAUGGCGGAAGGGAAGAAACAUGCUUUGGCGGUGGGAAUUACAGUCAUGUCGACAGAUGAUAUUUCUAAGGUUAACAAGGGCAUAGGAAUUGAAACUGUUCAUUAUUUAAACGAUGGUUUGUGGACGAUGAAACCAGUUAAAUAACCGCCCAUAAUAAUAUAAAUGGUUAAAUUAAGCAUCUUGUAUAAAAACUUCAAGUUUGUAUGUUGAAUAAUAUUUGCCAUUUCAGAACUGCA